CCUUCUUCCUCUUCCUCUUCCUAUUCCUGUUCCUCCUCACUGCUACAGGGUCUAACUUCCUGCAAAUUUAACUCGGAAAAAAAAUCUGCACAGAAUCGAAAAACAUCUCUGAAUUUAGCUGAGAUUCUCACUCUCUAUCAGAUCUAACAUUCGGAAUUACUCCAUCGCAACUUGCUGUACAAUCAUGCUUCUAUAUUGAAGAUCUAAUCUGAUCCGAGGCUACAGAGUUCUGGGUUUUUUUCUUUUUUGAUGUUGUGAUUUUGCAUUGAAUCGAUUGAGUUUUGAUUGAGGAAUAGAGCACUUUGAUGUUAGUGGUAUAUGAAAUUUUCGGAGAUCUGGAAGUUAGCCUAAAGUUGUGAUCUUUUAGCAUGUUUUUGGGUGAUUUGUAGUGGUGGACUGUUGGAUCUGGGCUGUUUUUGAUCUAUUGGGUUUCUAGCUUAACUCGGGGAGAGAUAGAUAGUUGUGUAAUUGGGUUUUGAUUAUCAAAUGGAGACUCUUGUUGUUCUGGAGCAGCAUAGAAAUCAGUGCUAUAACAGGGUCAGGUCAAAUGGAUCAGCCAGAUUUGGAUCAUCGCCAUCUAGAAAUUUCAGACAGAUUAAUUGCAGGACCUUCCAAUCUAGUGCUGGCAUACUCCCAAGUCCGUUUAAGCAGUAUAGUUCACCUGUAGCUAAAAGGGCAUCUUCAUUUUCAUCACCCCUGCCAGCGUCCUCCCCACGUACACCAUCCCCUAGUGCUAAUUCGCACUCUGUUAAUACUGUACACUCGAAAAGCAGUGUGAAAAGCUCACCAAUUCCCAUCAACAACAACAACAGAAAUCCUAAGAAGAAGGCCUUUAAUGGUUUUUCUGGUGAAGUCUUGUCAUAUUCUGAGCUUUGGGCUGGGCCUGCCUAUUCAAACUCACCACCACCGAGUUCUUUGCCGAUGCCCAAGUUUUCACUCCGAGAAAAGCGAACCAUAUCCCUUGAACUGCCUACUUCUGACCCUGUGGUCACAAUGCAUGCAAUUGCUAAGUCUGCACCUUCAUCUCCAACCAGGAAGCAUAACCCUUCUGCUGCUGAACCUCUUGUUACCAUAGACUUUGCGACAAGGACGCUGCGUCGCAUUCUCAAUCUUGAUGGUAAUGAUGACUGAGGCACUAGGAGCAGUGGCUCCUGUAUAUAAGUCUACUGUGCAAAUUGGGAUAGUGUUAGUGUAUAUAGCGUCAAUAAGUUGGAUGUAGUUUUAGUCCGUAUGAGUUUAGCUUCUAGUAGCAGUGGUACCAACAAAAGAAAUGGCUUUGGUGGUCAACAAUCUCCAGAUUGUGCUUUAUGAAUUGAUGUUUGUGGAAGUUUGGUGUUGGUGAUAAAUUACUAGAGGGGAUGGGCAUGGUAUGUGAAGUAUGGGUCCUGCAGAAUGGUGGAAGAGGAAGCAACGGGAUUUUAUGCAACAGAAGGUUGCAUGCAUUCUUCUUUCAGGUUUUGGCAUGGUUAGAAAUGACUACUCUAUGUCAAGGGGCUUGCAGUAAAAUAUAUGUUGGUAGCUGUUCAUUUUAUAAUAUCGAGUCCUAGGUUCAAACUCAUUAUAGCUUUUAAUCUCAUCAGUUUACCUAGUUUCCUUUUGUAGAAUGUAGGCCUUUUCUUCGUAUACCAUGUAUAUACUUUAGAAUCUUACUAAACUAUCCUCACAAAUUCCUUAGGUUUUUCUUUCAUGCUUAUUCUCAUGUUCUCCAUUUCCAUGUCUAUUUAGUUUCUUCUCCUUUGCUUAGCCUUUCAUUAAUUCCUCUUUUUCUUGUUCAACCUUGCUUCAAUUAGCUGCCUAGUUUAUCUUUUUCUGACAGUCCCUCUUAUUUCAUGAUUGCCUAAGUUGACUAGUCAGCAAUCAGACUUAUCCUCUUCUGCUCUUUUCGUUAGAAUCUGACUCCUCUAUUCCCCUUCACCAUUUUUUAUGUUUUUGAAGAGAAAAAAUGGGAAAGGGAAGUUAAACUAGUAGUUUACAACUCCUGAUGUUUGCAAGGUUGAACAUUAUUGCUCAUUCCUCUUAAGCACUAUUUCAAUGUUUUGUUCUUCAAAGUGGGUUAAUGCCACCCUCACCAUGGUGUUUGUAAAGCCUGUCGUUUUUGGAGAUCGUUGACUGUGCCAAGCUA